GCAUUUGCAUGUGGAAGUUGUUUGGGUUCGGAGGUAGGGCGGUGCACUGAAGCUCCGCCUUCUCAAACUGGCACAACUGCAAUCCACCAAAUGUCCUGCUUGCCAGACAGAAUAGAAUAACUACACAUAAUCUAACUGUCGUGAGAAAUACAUCAGACAUCCGACUGCAAGUAUGGACCGCUGGAAGGGAAGGGUGGCUCUGGUGACCGGAGCCUCUGCAGGGAUCGGGGCGGCGGUAGCCGAGGAUCUCGUCCAGCACGGCAUGAAAGUUGUCGGCUGCGCCAGGAAUGUGGAGAAAAUACAGGACAUUGCCACCAAGUGCCAGAAGUCUGGUUACACUGGGCUUUUGGUUCCCUAUCAAUGUGACCUUUCCAAUGAAGAGGAGAUCCUUGCCAUGUUCUCAGCCAUUAAAGCCCAACACGGAGGGGUGGAUGUCUGUAUCAACAACGCUGGCCUUGCUCACCCAGACAGUAUUUUGAAUGGCAAAACCAGUAGCUGGAGAAACAUGUUGCAGGUGAAUGUCCUUGCCUUGUCCAUAUGCACCCGAGAGGCCUAUCAAUCAAUGACAGGGCGAAAUGUUAAUGACGGGCACAUAAUUAACAUAAACAGCAUGAGUGGCCAUCGAGUCGUGCCCACCGCUGACGUGCACUUCUACAGCGCGACUAAGUACGCUGUUACGGCUCUGACUGAGGGCCUGCGACAGGAACUGCAUGAGGCCAAGACCCAAAUAAGGGCAACCUGCAUUUCUCCUGGCCUUGUGGAGACUGAAUUUCACUCUAGAAUGUACCACCAAAACCCAGAGAAGGGUCCUUCUGUUUUUGGCAGUAUAAAGUAUUUGGAGGCUAAAGACGUUUCCAAUGCGGUCACAUACGUCUUAGCUGCACCUCCACACGUGCAGAUUGGAGACAUUCAAAUGCGCCCCGUGGAACAGAAGUCUUAGUAUGAGGUCACAUCAUCUGAAUACAAUUUCAGAAUAUUCAAGAUGAAUAUAAUAAUCAAGAUACCAUGGCCUCCUUCCAUGGUGUUGGAUUGAUUUGAAAAUGUAAACCGCCUUCGCAACUGCAUCUCCAUUUCAGUUCAAGCGUUUUGUUUCUCUUUCACAUGCAGAUGGUGUAUAUAAAAUGUUUAAAUAAAAGGGUUGUUUGAAACCAAGA